UCCUGUACUGUCACUCAAAGCAUCGGAAACAACUUUGGCGCGUUUUCUGAAAUAUGUUUGGAGUUUGACUGCAGACAGCUGCAGUUACUUUGUACGACUGUUUCUGUAGUUUUUGUUAUCCUUGUUCAUAAAGACUGUUAGUAGAGAUCCUUUUGCACGCAUUUUAUGUUAGAAUUAUUGUUCUGAAUAUUUUAAUAUCGUACUUGUUUACGGCGCAUUAUAAGAAAAAUGGAUGUUGCGGAUGCCCAUGUAGGACAGCUCCGUGUCAAAGAUGAAGUUGGGAUUCGAUGCCAGAAACUUUUCCAGGAUUUCUUAGAAGAGUUUAAGGAAGACGGAGAAUUCAAAUACAUGAAAACUGUUGCUGAUUUAGUUAAUCCGGAUCGCUCGACUCUGGAAGUUAGCUUUGAAGACGUGGAAAAAUAUAACGAAAAUCUCGCUACAACAAUCAUCGAGGAGUACUAUAGAAUAUUUCCGUUUAUGUGUCAAGCAGUGUCGAAUUUUGCCAAAGAUCGAACUGAGCUGAAGAAGGAAAAGGAAUGCUACGUAUCUUUUACAGAUGUUCCAACCCGCCAUAAAGUACGUGAACUUACGACAUCUAAAAUAGGAACGUUGAUUCGCAUUUCCGGACAAGUAGUCCGUACUCACCCGGUUCAUCCUGAGCUGGUUACGGGUACAUUUGUUUGUUUGGAUUGCCAAACAGAGAUUCGUGACGUAGAACAGCAGUUUAAAUUUACCAAUCCUACAAUUUGUCGUAAUCCUGUCUGCUCCAAUCGCCGUCGUUUCAUGCUGGAAGUGGACAAAUCACGGUUUAUAGACUUUCAAAAAGUGCGUAUCCAAGAAACACAGGCCGAACUUCCCAGGGGCUGCAUUCCACGUUCAGUUGAGGUUAUUUUACGCGCAGAGAUUGUUGAAACUGUUCAAGCUGGUGAUCGGUACGAUUUCACCGGAACGCUCAUCGUAGUUCCAGAUGUGGGGGCUCUUCAGAUGCCGGGAGCAAAGGCUGAAAUUGGAUCCCAUCACAAGCAUGGAGACAAUGCAACCGAGGGUAUCCGCGGACUGAAGGCGCUUGGCGUUCGCGAUUUGAAUUAUAAAAUGGCUUUUCUCGCUUGUUCGGUGCAAGCAACAUCGUCCCGAUUCGGUGGAACCGAUAUGCCGAUGAGCGAGGUAACUGCAGAAGAUAUGAAAAAACAUAUGACCGAUGCUGAGUGGAAUAAGGUCUAUGAGAUGUCACGGGAUCCGAAAUUGUACCAGAAUUUGAUCAACAGUUUGUUUCCAUCGGUUUAUGGCAAUGACGAAGUCAAACGUGGAAUUUUAUUAAUGCUGUUUGGUGGCGUGGGAAAAACAACACAAGAGAAGACCACAUUACGUGGCGACAUCAAUUGUUGUAUCGUUGGGGAUCCCAGCACGGCCAAAUCGCAGUUCUUGAAACAAGUUGCAGACUUUUCACCGCGUGCAGUUUACACUUCGGGUAAAGCAUCCUCCGCAAGUGGUUUAACAGCAGCAGUAGUUAAAGACGAAGAAAGCUUUGAUUUCGUGAUAGAAGCCGGUGCGCUUAUGUUGGCCGAUAAUGGUAUCUGUUGCAUCGAUGAGUUUGACAAGAUGGAUCCUCAUGACCAGGUGGCCAUACAUGAGGCAAUGGAACAGCAGACAAUCUCAAUUGCCAAGGCAGGAGUGCGAGCUACCCUCAAUGCUAGGACUUCUAUAUUGGCCGCUGCAAAUCCGAUUGGCGGGCGGUAUGAUCGGUCGAAAUCACUUCAGCAAAAUGUUCAGCUAACUGCUCCCAUUAUGUCACGGUUUGAUCUGUUCUUCAUUCUAGUAGAUGAGUGUAACGAGGUUGUAGAUUAUGCAAUUGCUAGAAAGAUAGUAGAUCUUCAUUCCCACAUUGAGGAUCGUGUAGACCAAGUGUAUUCCAGGGAAGAUGUCUUGCGUUAUAUUAUGUUCGCUCGACAGUUCAAACCCAUCAUUACUAGGGAGGCCUUGGAAUUGUUAGUGGAAAAUUAUGGUCAUCUACGGCAACGGGAUACAGGGACAUCCGGCAAAAGCACGUGGCGCAUCACCGUCCGACAGCUAGAAAGUAUGAUCCGAUUGAGCGAAGCCAUGGCGAAGAUGGAAUGCAGCGAAGAAGUCGGUGAAAAGCAAGUCAAAGAAGCUUAUCGGUUGCUAAAUAAAUCCAUCAUACGCGUGGAACAACCGGACAUUCACUUCGAUGACGAAGACGAUGCAGAGCUCGCUUUGGCAAUGGACGCAGAGGAAGUUUCCCAGCAACUGAAUGGCCAUGAUGAGAACGGUCAUGCCGAAAAUGGACAUGAUGCUCCAAAGAAAAAAUUAACUCUUUCAUUUGAUGAGUACAGGAGCUUAUCCAAUAUGCUGGUAAUUCACAUGCGCAGUGAAGAGUCCCGUUUUGAGUCUGAAGAUUCUCAGUCAGAUGGCAUAAAGAAGUCUGAACUAAUAAACUGGUAUCUGGAGCAGGUUAGCGAUCAAAUCGAGAGUGAGGAAGAACUAUUUGAGAGGAAAACUUUGAUCGAAAAAGUUGUUGACCGACUGAUUUACCAUGAUCAAGUAAUUAUUCCAUUGAAGACAGCAGCACUUGGCGACAAAGAUACUCAGGAAGAAGAUCCAUUACUCGUUGUUCAUCCGAAUUAUAUAGUCGAAUCUUAAUUCUUUCUCUGAGAGAUCUAGUUUGUUGCGGUCCAUUUGUUAUUUAAAAUUAUCUGAUGCUUGCACUUAAUAUA